CCAAGUUUAGUCUCAGUCGCGCUAGCAGUUAAAAAAGAUUCACCAUACAAGCCAGAACAUUUUUAGUUUUUCCACAAUGAAACCGUUCAAACCUACAACUAAUGGCACUUUUGCCUUACUGAUUUUAGUUUGUUUAUCCGGAACUUAUUGUGCCAAUGAUAAAGAAGAAUAUUCCAGAAGAAACCCUGGAAACUUUCCUCAAACAAGAUUGAUUUCCUAUGACGUUAGGGCCGAUUCACGCCAAUCCAGAAUCGAUUCCAGCGACAUCCGGACUGAUUUCAGAGAGAUCAGAAACGAAUUGGAAGAUCAGACAAAUGGAAGAUUAGCUAGACAAACUAGGAUGAACAGGCAAGUUCGUUUUGAGCAAGCAAGGUCUGGAGAUAGAAGUAUGUCUGAUAGAAGAACAGAAGAACGCUCCAGACAAACUAGGACGAUUAGAGAAGAUCGUUCUGAUUCAAGAAACAGAGAAGCAAAUCGAAUAAGGCUGUGUGAAGAUAGAAAUAUGUCUGACAGAAAAUCAGAAGAACUUUCUGAAGUUUCCAGACAAAGAGAAACUCGUUCUGAUUUGAGAAACGGAGAAGCAAAUCGAAUAAGACUGUCUACUGAAGAUAGAAAUAUGUCUGAUAGAAGAUCAGAAGAACGUUCCAGACAAACUAGGACGAUUAGGGAAGAUCGUUCUGAUUCAAGAAACAAAGAAGCAAAUCGAAUAAGGCUAUCCGAAGACAGAAGAUCAGAAGAACGUUCUGAAGUUUCCAGACAAAGAGAAGCUCGUUCUGAUUUGAGAAACAGAGAAGCAAAUCGGAAUAGAAAUAUGUCUAAUAGAGAACGAUUUGAUUCUUCUAGACAAACUGGGCAGGCACGAUCUGAUCUAAUAGGAGAAGCAAAUCGAAGAAUUAUUUCGAACGAGAGAUUAUCUGAGUCUAGACAAAAUAGACUCGGAGAAGCUGCAAUUACAAGAGAAAGAUCUGAGAAUCUUGAAACAAUUAGACCUUCUGAGUCGUUUACAAACAUUUCAGUAAUAAGAACAAUUCAAUCUAUUUUGCUUGUAGCCGUUAUAGGACAGCUGCUGGGUAAUGGUUCCAAGAAGAACCCUAUUCGAUCAUGGCCCAUAUUUGCAAAAGUAUAUUAAUCUGACUAAAUAAUAUAUGACGACUUUUAGCAAUGCUUCACUGGUACCUUCUUUAGUCUUAAGUAUAGAUUUAUUAGAAAUACCAACUUUUAAUUAAGGCAAAACCUUCACAUUGUUUCAAAUAUUUAUUGGAAAAAAUAUAAUACAUUAUCUUGUAACUAAAGAGCUUGAAACCAACGUCCUGAUAUCGAAUUUACUUUCCUCAUUUUCCGAGCCUGAACUAUCGUUUUCUAUAUAAUUGUAAGCGAGCUUUUUCUUAGAUUUCCUUCUACAACCAUCGAAAGCUACCUUAAAGCACAACCCAAACAAGGUCAAAACUAACCCAAUUGCAAACCCAUAAAGCACAUAAUCGUACCAGCUGUAAUCCAAUGGGUCUUCAAUUUUUGGUACCAAAGGUUCCAAGGUAACUUGGCUGUCAAUGUCUUCCGAUGUCAAUUCAGUUGAAAGCCCCUCUUUAAUACUCUGAUCCAAAUCAGCUCCAAUUUGAUGAAACACAGUCCUACCCAACCAGUCAGCCAAUUCCAACUUGCCCAUUUGCCUUAGCCUGUGCUCAAGCACCGUAUGAGUUUGUCCUUUGCCUUCUAAGGAAUUCCAAUGGUACAAAUGUUCCAAACAAGUAACAUCUUUCGGUACUUUGCGCUCGGCUUGAUCGAGCGCGUUCGGUUCGUUGUAGCUUUGAAAAUGGGCCGAAGCCACCAGCCUUCUACAUUCUUCGGGAGUCAAAUGGUCUGCGAGGUAUUGCAAUUCUGAGGCGUUUAUGUCGAUGGUAGGCUGCAAAUUCCAAGGUAAACACGUAAUAAUUAUAAUAAUAAUUGUGACAAUCAUUAUGUCACGCUGAUGAGAAUUGAAAUUAGAUUCAAGGUCCUGCAGACUUAAUUAAUUUAUUUGAAAUGUUCCUGCAACUGGUGCGCAAAUAUUCGAGCGGCAAAUUGUGGCAAGAAGUCUCUAUACCGGUAUCGUGGGGUGAAAUUUGAGGCAAAUGGUGGGGCCCCACUGACAUCAGGCCUGAAGAAUUCCAUUUAAAUUAUGAGAAAUGUUAAAAAAUUAUGCGAAAUUAUAUUGUAAUUAAUUAUAUUGGAAUUAUGUGAAAUUUGAUAGAAAUUUUGCGAAAAUAUAUUGUAAUUUCUUUUGGAAUUUCCAGGUAUAACAUGGAACUUCAUUUAAUUUCAAUAAAAUAUGUGAGAAAUGACAAGUUUAAAAAGCAAAAUUACAUAGAAAUUAUGCCGAAUUCCAUAGAAAUUAUGCAAAAUUUCCUAAAAUUCACGUGAAAUUCCAUUGAAAUUACAUAGAAUUUCAAAUAGGUAUGCUAAAUCCCAUCAAAGUUAUGUGGAAUUCAAAUGGAUUUAAAGGAGUAAUGACGUAGAAUAUUCCAAAGAAAAAAUAAUUAAUUUUGGGAAAAUUACAUGGAAUUCUAUAGGAAUUUUGCAAAAUUCCAUAAAAAUUAUGCGAAAAAUUAUAGAAAUUAUGCGAAAUUUCAGUGAAAUUAAAUGAAAUAAAAAAUAUGCAAAAUUUUAUUGAAAUUAUGCUGAAUUACAA